AUGACGCCAGGGAGAUUGGUGGAUGACUUCAAGACCCCCUCCUUGUCAUCCUACACAGUGGCCCCCGCCACGGGGAGCUUUUUUUGGGCCCCGGUCAUGGUCAAGGUUGGCUCUUAUGGCGUUGGCUUGGUUCUAGCAGUUCUUGCUCGGUUCGACAGCCCGCUUUCGCGCAUGUUGGCUUGUGCGCACCAUAUAUGGAAGUUCAAGUAUGCUAUCGCCCGCCCGGCGCCUUUGAUGUAUAAUCACUCGCUUGUGGCAGGGUGUAGGGACAGCGAGGCGCCUGACUGCCAUGCCCUUAGCAAUAAUGAGAGCUACCAUACUCUGUUGGCGUACCUCACGCUGCGUCUUGAUAAGACGUCGUUGGCGCACCAAGCUCUUGAGUCAGUGGGUUGGCCAUCCCAUCACGGCCAUCUCUUCGACAGUAGCAUGACCCAACACGGAAGCUACUCAACGAGGCGUGCCAGAUGGUAUGGGGGCUGGCGGUGUCAGGGCCGCAGUAACCUCCAUGAUUGGCGGGGACGAAUUGCACAAGCUGCCUCGGCAGGUCAAGACAUUGUGCCAUCCACUGAACUCCAGUAUCGGGACUGCAUGGCCGCAUCAAACACGGUUAUAGCUGCUUGA